AUGUUUGUCCUGGGUGUCAACUUCCCUGACUAUGAUUCCGAUGUCUUAGGGAACAUGAUACUCGCCAUGAACAUUCAUGUUCCGCACUCCCAUCCUUUGUCUCCUGGAUCCUCUGUUCACUCAUUCGACACCGACAGCGAUUCAAACUCAUCUGCAGGCACGGAACUUUCGCACUCGUUUUCGGGUUCCACCACCAAAAGAGAAGCCGCCUCAUCACAACAAUCCCCUUUGCAAUGGAACAAAUGCACCCACACAUCACCGCGAAUAGCGGGCUUGCUCCCCACACCUUUGUCUUCGUUCAGCUGGGAUUGCUCUGGUCCUUUACUGGGGACUGGGAGAAAGCUCGCCAGGGUCAUCCUAAUGAUGACAAACGUGGACGAUGGAAGCCGAGCGGAUUUGCAGUGGUUGUUCGACUCAGCCCGAAAGGCAAGCCUGGCGAACUCUACGUGCUCCACCAUCCCAACGCAAAAACCUGAACUGAAGAAAUUUGAGGAUGACCUCGUUGGGGAGCGAAAGUCACGCAAGAACAAAAAGAAAACCACCGAGCCAGGCGUCUUCCUCAAGUCCUAUAACCCUGGACAUCCUCAUCCCAAGAGCGACUCUUCUUUCUGGAUUGCCAAGAUUGCCAACAGUAUCCAGGAGUUGGGAUCGUAUGAGCGCAAGUUUGAGUUUGAUGUUGUCUCCUCUAACAAAUUCCACAUCGUCAAUGCAAAGAUUUGGAAUUACGGACUAGAUGGACCUACUCUCAUUCCUGUACGUGAGCCGGAGGAAAUUGACAGUUGA